CUAUUGUCAAACGUCACGGCGUCGUUCGAACACGGCAAGGUGCACGCGUUGAUGGGAGCGUCGGGAGCUGGGAAGACGACGCUGCUGGACGUCAUCACCGAUCGAGUGACGUCGGGAGAGGUGAGUGGGGGCGGCGUCUACUACGGCGGCAGACGGGCGUCAAAGGCGAUGUUUCGGCAGUGCGCGGCGUACGUCGAGCAGAGGGACACUCUGCUGGCAAUGCUGACGGUCAAAGAGACGCUCAACUAUUGGGCUGAAUUGAGAGCACGAAACGAAGAAGAACGCGUGGAAAUUUUGGCUCGAGUGCCGGCGAUCAUCGAAGAUUUAAACUUGGGUGAAUGCUCUGAAGUCAUCGUCGGAGACGCGCUCAAGCGCGGCAUCUCGGGUGGGCAAGCGAAACGCACGAACUUGGCACUCGCGCUGGUCACGGAUCCGGACGUCCUUUUCCUCGAUGAACCGACGAGUGGAUUGGACAGCGCGACUUCGCUUGAUAUUGUGCAAAUUCUGAAGCACUUGGCCUGUUCCGGCGUUUGCGUCGUCGCCACCAUUCACUCUCCAACUUCGGAGGCGUUUCGGCUAUUCGAUUCAUUGCUGAUGUUGAAGAAAGGGCGCGUUGCGUUUGCUGGAGCGCUCGAUUCUGUCACGCCGUACUUCCGUGGAUUGGGCUACGAUUACGAUGCGUCGUAUAGCAUGGCGGACUUUUUCGUCGGCACCGUGGCGAGCGACGACGUCGAUUUCGUCGGCGCGUUCGCCAAAAGUGCCGCCGGCGCAGCGAACGCGUCGCGCGUCAAGUCGAUGAUGUCGAAACAACAACUACCGGCGCCGCCUCAACCCAAAAUCACGCGUGGUGCGAUGUCGAAAGUCGCGACUCUCAUCAAAUAUCGAACGCGAUACAAUUACAAAACGCCCGAUUUUGUCGCCGCGCGUUCCGCAGGCAACUUUUUGUUUGGAUUCGUUAUGAUGUCGUUGUUCUGGAAAAUUGGCGAACCAACCGGCGCGGCACAAGACCAAUCGACUCAGUUAAACGUCGCAAGUUUGCUUUCGAUGCUGAACAUUUUGCCUAGUUUUCAAGCUUCCGGUUACAUGCCGAGUGUCGUUAUGGAGAGGGCGAUGUUCUAUCGAGAGGUAGACGACGGCGUGUACCCCUUGUCGAGUUACAUCGCGUACAAAAUAAUCGAAGAAGGCGUGUUGGCGAUUCCAGUGUCGCUCAUCGCGCAAAUGAUGCUGUAUCUUGGAUGCGGAAUUCAAGGAAGUUACUUCUACUUUUGGAUCAUAAACUACGGCGUCAUGCUGUGCGGCAUCGCUUUGGCGUACGUGUGCGCCGCCGCGGCGCCCGACAUGGACAGCGCGAACACGCUGUUGCCAAUUUACAACGUAGUACAACUUCUUUUUAGCGGUAUCAUCAUUCGCGUUCAGAGCAUGCCGAAGGGAUGGGCGUGGUAUCGCCACACGCUCUUCGUCCGAUACGGCUGGAUGGCGCAAAUGAGAAAUCAUUUUCGCAACUCAGAGCCGAAAGUGUUUGUGGACGACUCCGGCACCGCCGUC